AUGAAGAUCACGGUGCAGUCAUCCAAGUCCAUCAAGCCUGACUAUGGCGGCCACCGCCCGGUGGCUCCUCCGUUCACGACGAACGUCGUCCCGCUCUCAGUGUUCGACAAGGCCAACUUGGACACGCAGGUCUCCGUCAUCUACGCCUUCCACCCGCCGGCCCCGCCCAACGGCGUCCUCGAGGCCGGGCUCGCCAGGGCCCUCGUCGAGUACCGCGAGUUCGCCGGGCGUCUCGCCCGGGACGCCGACGGCAGCCGCCGCGCCAUCCUCCUCAACGACGCCGGCGCGCGGUUCGUCGAGGCGACGGCCGGCGUGGCGCUCGGCAGCGUCAUGCCGCUGCGGCCCACUCGCGCGGCGCUGAGCCUGCACCCGAGCGGCGGCGACGAGCUGAUGCUGGUCCAGGCCACGCGGUUCGCGUGCGGGUCGCUCGUCGUCGGCCUGACCGUGCACCACACCGUCGCCGACGGCCGCGGGUUCUGCAACUUCAUCCUCGCGUGGGGCCAGGCCACGCGCGGCGCCCCCGUCGACCCCGCCCCGGUGCACGACCGGACGUCGUUCUUCCCGCCGCGCAGCCCGCCUAAGAUCGAGCACGAGCACCGCCGCGCCGAGUUCAAGCCAUACGACGCCCGCAAGGACGACGACGCCGGCGGUGGCGGCGGCGAGGAGGAGGAGGUGGUGGUAGAGAGGGUGCACUUCAGCGCGGAGUGCAUCGCGAAGCUGAAGGCGCAGGCGUCGUCGGCCGGGGCGCGGCACAGCACGAGCACGGUGCAGUGCGUGCUGGCGCAUCUGUGGCGGUGCGUGACGCGGGCGCGCGGGCUCGACGGGGGCGACGCCACCGCCCUGCUCAUCGGAGUGGACGGGCGAAGGCGGAUGAGGCCGCCGGUGCCGGACGGGUACACCGGCAACGUGGUGCUCUGGGCGCGGCCGACGGCCACCGCGCGAGAGCUCGUGGACAUGCCGCUGCGCCACGCGGCGGAGCUCAUCGGCCGGGCGGUUGCGCGGGUCGACGACACCUACUACAUGUCCUUCAUCGACUUCGCCUGCUCCGGGGCCGUGGAGGAGGAGCGGCUGGUGCCGACGGCCGACGCGGCGGACAUGGUGCUGAGCCCGAACGUCGAGGUGAACAGCUGGGUGCGGCUGCCGUUCUAUGACCUGGACCUGGGGGGUGGCCGGCCCUUCCUCUUCAUGCCCAGCUACGUGCCGGUGGAGGGCGUGGCCUUCCUCGUGGCGUCUUCCGCCGGCAGCGGCAGCGUGGACGCCUACGUUUCCCUCUUCCGCCGCGACAUGGAUGCCUUCAGGAACUGCUGCACAUCCGGCCUCUCAAAACUCUAG